GUCGAAUUUGGUCAACAAAAACAUGAAUGGUUAUUUGCUACGUGAGGUUUAUUUGAUCGAAUAUAAGUUUUGUAAUGCUUAAAUUGUUACGAGUAUACUGAUAUAAGGACACGUGACAUUCCGGCGAUUUGAGAAAAAAACCCAACUAUAUUCGGAGUUAUCUAUAAUGCAUAUUUAUGAAAGGAUGCUUGUAGCAUUCUCUAUUGAAUAGAGGCCAUUGACGUCAGCAACCCUCGUCGAAUAUUUAAAUAAUAAGAUUACAAUAAUGAGAUAAUCCACCAAUCCGAAGAAAGGAUAGGCGGGAGCGACACAUCCCGCGGUACCGUUUUGUGGACAACGAGUUCCAUUGUUAGGGCGGAGAGACGUGCAUCUUGUCAGAAUAUCCAUGAUCUUUGGAAGCGCUGAUACAAAGCCGUGAUUUGUUAUCCAACGUUUAUUUUGAUAUUCAAAUGAUUUCCCUAUGUUAUUUUAAAUGAUCAAAGAAACAUUUAGGAUAAACGAAGAAGCAAAUGCAAGAACGGAAUAUCCCGGCCCCGUAUGCAGGGUAUGUUUGUGGAUGGGGACGGGUGGCUAAUGUUACUUCGGUUAGCAGUGAAACUCGCGAGUAAGCCAACGAAAUAGCCUAAUCGGUGGCUUCGACCUACUUUUGAUCGAUAUCAGACGAAAUGACAGUGGAUAGUUAGCUAGAUAGUGUUAUCAAGGCCAUAUUUAAAACACUCGGACUGAGAAUGGCUGCUCAUUUUAUAUGUUGUUGACAUGUUUUGAGAAGCUAGCUAACGUUAGCACGUUAACGUUAGCUAACUGGUUGUCCUGCUAUGCAGCUGGCUAGCGAUAGCCGCACUUCCCAACCACUAUAUACAUUGUUUUUUGUCUAAAACAGUGCGCUUUAUUAUUGUGCAUUGGGUUAUCUUAGCUAGCUACAGUUCGCUUAAAUAUUUAGCUAGCUAACGAACGGUAGCUAGCUAUUUUGUUAUUACUCAGGUCACUGUUGUGCAACGUAGUUAGCUGUAAUGUUUAUUGCCCGAUGGGAUAAUGCUAGUUGUAACUUCGUUGCACAUGCUGUCCUGUAGUAGCGUGUUAUGUCAAUUUCGUGCAUGAUGUUUAGGAUAAACAUCAUAAUAACAUACUGUACUCAUGAUGGGUGUAGCUAGUUAAUAAACAUCUUACUUAUGUAAGAUAUUGGUAAAGUACCAUAAUAACCACUAUUCUCUCUUUCAGAAACCUCAAUUCUCAAAGCAGUGUGACAAUCAUUUAAUUUUGUAUUGGGAUGCCUUGGUGGACUUCAACUUGGGCAAUUGGACUGGAGGGGACACCCUCUCAUAGCUUAAUCUUUUUGCGCCAUACAGUAAGAAACAACAACAUUUUAUAGUUGGGACAAAGUAUUUAUUCCCUACAGAACGAUACGGAGCGGCAUACACUAGUGGUUCUCAGGAUGUCUAUCACCAACACGCCUUCGAGUAAUGAUGCUUGCCUGAGCAUUGUACACAGCUUGAUGUGUCACAGGCAAGGGGGAGAGAGCGAGACCUUUGCCAAGCGGGCAAUAGAAAGCCUGGUGAAAAAGCUGAAGGAGAAGAAGGAUGAACUGGACUCCCUAAUCACAGCCAUCACCACCAAUGGAGCUCAUCCCAGCAAGUGUGUCACCAUUGGGCGGACUCUGGAUGGCCGUUUGCAGGUGGCAGGGCGGAAAGGGUUUCCCCACGUGAUCUACACUCGGUUGUGGAGAUGGCCUGAUCUGCAUAAAAAUGAACUGAAACAUGUGAAAUAUUGCCAGUUUGCGUUUGACCUGAAGUGUGACAGCGUUUGUGUGAACCCAUACCACUACGACCGGGUGGUGUCUCCAGGUAUUGAUCUAUCAAGUUUGCAACUUACCAGCUCCGCUCCAAGCCUGGGACUGAUGGUUAAAGAUGAAUUUGACUUUGAUGGCCAGGCCCCACUGCCCACCAUGGACGGGGGUCACUCCCUCCAGACCAUUCAGCACCCCCCCUCUAGCCGAGGUGGGCCCCCCUCAGAGCCCUUCGGCACCCCUGGCCUGCUGUCUCCCUCUGACGCCAGCACCGCCUCCACCUCCGCCUUCCCCAGCAUCUCUGUCGGAUCAGGAAAUGCCACCUCCACCUGGACUAGAAAUAGCAGCUUCACGCCCAACAUGCCUCACCAUCAGAAUGGGCACCUGCAACACCACCCACCCAUGCCUCCUCCAGGACAUUACUGGCCUGUGCACAACGAGCUUGGCUUCCAGCCACCCAUAUCCAACCAUCCAGCGCCAGACUACUGGUGUUCCAUCGCCUACUUUGAGAUGGACGUGCAGGUGGGCGAGACCUUCAAGGUGCCCUCCACUGGCCCCGUCGUGACGGUGGAUGGCUAUGUGGACCCGUCUGGCGGAGACCGCUUCUGCCUAGGCCAGCUGAGCAACGUGCACCGGACCGAGGCCAUCGAAAGAGCCAGGCUCCACAUCGGUAAGGGGAUCCAGUUGGAAGGUAAAGGUGAAGGGGACGUGUGGGUACGCUGCCUCAGCGACCACGCCGUGUUCGUGCAGAGCUAUUACCUGGACCGGGAAGCCGGCCGCGCCCCUGGCGACGCUGUGCACAAGAUCUACCCCAGCGCCUACAUCAAGGUGUUUGACCUGCGUCAGUGCCACAGGCAGAUGCAGCAGCAGGCAGCGACGGCGCAGGCGGCAGCCGCGGCUCAGGCAGCCGCCGUGGCUGGGAACAUCCCUGGGCCGGGCUCUGUGGGAGGCAUCGCUCCUGCCAUCAGCCUUUCAGCUGCUGCCGGCAUCGGAGUGGACGACCUGAGGAGACUGUGCAUCCUGCGCAUGAGCUUCGUCAAGGGCUGGGGUCCCGACUACCCCCGGACGAGCAUCAAGGAGACCCCGUGCUGGAUUGAGAUCCACCUACACCGGGCCCUCCAGCUACUGGACGAGGUGCUGCACACCAUGCCAAUCGGUGACCCCCAGCCCCUGGACUGAACCACCCUCCACUGUGAGACUUCAGUAUGACAGACCUUGGAAUGAGGUGGUAGGUAGAACAGGAAAGACACCCCGGUUUACCGCUUCAAGGAAGCAAAGACUUUUCUCUCUGUGGGUCGUUCCUCUUUCUCUUUGCCUUCAUAGUGUCCAGUGUGUCCAGAUCAGGACAGUUCGGCUCUGACGAUGGAACGGGCCACUCUCAUCAAUCGCCCUGGUGACCUCAGAUUGGUCACUUUUACCAGUGAUUCCAUCUUGCUAACCUUGUAUGGUUAUCCAGAGCAUAGUUCUACUAUGGUAAACUAUACUCGGUUUCUUGCUCUGUGAGAAGAGCAGGUAAUGGUCUCUGCCACGUCGUUUACAGACAAACAAGCAUUUUAAGGAAAUUUCCAGCAAUACCAUAAUACAUUUUUUUGGGGGGGGGGUUCUUUUUGCAUAUUUGAUGAAAGGAAUUAUUUUGUCCCUUUUUGUUUUUCUUCCUUAUCCCCUUGGUUAUUGUAUUGUCCUGUACUAUGGGAGAUAAGUGGAUUUAUUGACUAUAUUUCAGACUAGAUGGCAGGUCACUAAGACCCCUUCAUUUACAUUCACUAUGUAAGGGAAGACCAACUUCUGUAGGGUAUCUUAUUUCUGUUGAAUUAAUUUCUCCCUUAUCUCAUGUACAUAAAUUUAACUGUAGUUCUUUUGUUUUUAAAUGCAUGUGAAUGUUUGCAUGAAUGGUGAAGUGAUGGCCACAACGCCACAGGUUUUUGUGAUGUCUUGAUCUCAGGACAGCCUCGAUAAGGAGGAAUCAAGUAUGCCAUAGACCCCAUCAAAGCGUUUGGCUUCGAUUUUAAAAUCACAUAAAUCAUGUCAUCAGGGUGAGGCUUCCCUCUGCCACAAUGUUGGAGGCUCUUUUCUGUUGUGGUUCUGCACUAACUGGGUUCAUGGUGUUCGUGUGCUGUGAACAAAACCCCGUCAUCUUGUUUCACCUCCCAUGAUGCCUCACUGCAUGUCACUUUCCUACCAUUUCUGGUUUUGCAUAUUGCUGCACACACACAAUCCUCUUGAUGCAACUUGUUAUAGCUAUGAUACAGAACUGCCAUUUUUAUUUCCACUCUAGUUGCAUCUCCUGAUAUGUAAUACAUUAGCUAUCGAUUUUGCUGCUAAAAUGUAGCUUGCGGUAUCCCUAGAGAUGAAAGUGAAUUAGGAUACACUUUUACUGCUGUUUCUCAGCUUUGCUGUUUUGAGAAGUUAUUCAGGAGAAUAAUGAAUAGAUCAUUAAGGAAACCAUCUAAAUCUGCAUUCUCAAAUGUUCAAGUAUCCAUUUCAGAGAUUUAUGGGUUACUGUCUUGGAUGUUUUGUUGUGAAACAUUGUCUUGUUGUGUUUCCCUCCCUAAAUGUUUCAAUUUGCUUUUGGGAUGGAAGUGUACUCAAGCUGUGGGUAUCACGUUUUUAAGGAAUUAAUUUGACACGUACUUUCGAUGUAUUCAACUGCUUGGAUAUAAACAACCUUAAUUGGUUUAUGAACAGUGAUAGUUGUUGACGAUGCCCAAUAUCUUACGUUGCAUUCUUAGGUCAAUACACAUUAUUUUUUUUUGUAUGAAUUGCAAUUUUACCAUAGGAUCCUGGAGAAACGAGCUAAAUGAGUUGCUGGUAAUUGGACAAAUAGUAGUUACAUAUUUCUUUUGUGAACCUAUUAAAAAUGACCUGAUACUCUA